GCGAGGGUCCGGCCCCGGAGGCCCGCGCCAUGGGCUGCAUCGGCUCCCGGACCGUGGGGAAUGAGGUGAUUGCAGUGGAUUGGAAGGGCCUGAAGGAUGUCGAUCAAAUCAACAUGGACAGCACCAGCUCCCUGCACGGAAGCAGCCUCCACCGGCCAUCCACGGAGCAAACCCGAACUGAUUUCUCCUGGGAUGGCAUCAAUCUCUCCAUGGAGGACACCACUUCCAUUCUUCCGAAGCUUAAGAGAAACUCUAACGCCUAUGGCAUUGGGGCCCUGGCCAAGUCAUCAUUCUCAGGGAUUUCGAGAAGCAUGAAGGACCACGUGACGAAGCCCACGGCCAUGGGGCAGGGCCGGGUGGCCCACAUGAUUGAGUGGCAGGGCUGGGGGAAGGCGCCCGUCAUUCAGCCACAGCACAGCCAUGAGGCCGUGCGCAGGGACGCCGAUGCCUACUCUGACCUCAGCGAUGGCGAGAAGGAGGCGCGUUUCCUUGCAGGUGUCAUGGAGCAGUUUGCCAUUUCUGAGGCCACGCUCAUGGCCUGGUCUUCUAUGGAUGGUGAGGACAUGAGCGUCAACUCUGCCCAGGAGCCAUUGGGUUGCAACUACAGUGACAACUACCAAGAGUUGAUGGAGAGUCAAGAUGCCCUCACUCAAGCCCCCAUGGAUGGAUGGCCUCACUCCUAUGUGUCCCAGGGCAUGUACUGUCUGGGGUCAUCGGACGCCUGGGAAGCAAGCGACCAGUCCCUCAUUGCCUCUCCGGCCACAGGAUCCUAUCUUGGCCCUGCAUUUGAUGACUCGCAGCCAAGCUUGCAUGACAUGGGGCCUUCCCAACCAGCUUCGGGAUUCUCCGCUCAGGAGCCUCCACCUUUGCUUGGGGGAGACACUGACUGGGCUCCAGGGGUGGGCGGGGUGGACCUGGCAAGGGGCCCUGCGGAGGAGGAGAAGAGGCCACUGGCCCCCGAGGAGGAAGAGGAUGCGGGAUGCCGGGACCUGGAGUCACUUUCCCCUCGAGAAGACCCUGAGAUGUCCACUGCUCUCAGCCGGAAGGUGUCUGACGUCACAUCCUCAGGGGUGCAGUCCUUUGACGAGGAGGAGGGUGAGGCCAACAACUAGCUUCUUCCCACUCUACACCCUACCUUCCCUCCCACCUGAGGGGCAUGGCUGCAACAGUACCCUCCCUUCCCCCAGCAGUACAGCCAAAACCUGGGCAGGAGACUGCGAGGAGCCCAGGAGCAGCCAGUCCUCGCCAGGAAAACGCAGGGCUGGGACGGGAUUCUAUCCAGGCUUGUGCUGUAGAAACCACAGGUCCGGGGACCGAGGCCCAGGCAACCAGAUGGCCGUGAACUUGGCCUGACUGCAGGCUUCUGGGUCUGAUGAUAAAGCUCCAGUUUGCAUCCUGGGGACAGAAGCCAUCGACAAGAUCUGUUUUUCACACCCUGACUUCGUCUUCCAGGAGCCUGGACUGUGGCUGUCUGAAUGCCUCCUUUCUCAUGUCUCUCUUGCGUUUUCUGACUCUGUUUUCUCUGGCUGUGGGCCCAGCUUGACCCUACUGUGAAGAACAGACCUCAGGGCUGCUGCACGUGGCUCGAUGAGCGUAGAGGAAGCCACGUCUCCUUAGAGGGUGGAGAGUCUGCCCUCCGUGGCUAGCUUGGCUUCUGAGAUCAGGAGUCACAGGGAGGUGGACAUCGCAACUGGGUGCAUAGUCAGGAUUCUUUAUAUAAAGCCUACCCAGAGACCGGAGAGGCACCGAUGGGACCAACAACAAACAUGGCCACCUGUUCUGGGGUCUUGACUAUCCCGUGACUGAAAGGUGGGUCCCAAGGGUCUGGGAAAGGACCCAGUGGGCUGGCUGCUCCAGCUCUUGCUUCCUUUGUCUGCCUUCUUCCAUCCCUUGCUCUAGGAGCCCUGCCCAGAGGGGGGGACACCUAAGGCAGGUGUCCUGCCAGGCGGGGAAGCAUGAGGGCCGUGCCUCCCUCCAUCCACCCCCGUCUUCUCUGGAGCUGUUUACACUUUUCUCUUUGCCUUUU